AUUGGCCCUGCCCACAGGCAUUUACAGCAUGACACAAUCAACAGUCUAUGGACCUCCAGCCUGAAGAGUCUAACAGCCGCAGGGCUGUGAACAGAGGCUACGUCACCAGCUUGCUCAAACUGCAUCAGGACUGGCAUCGCCAUGACGCUGCCAACACCUAUGUGCUGAUCCGCCGGGCACUCCUGCUCUGCCUCAAGCAUAUUGCCAACCUCCGGUCUGGCAGGGAGGCUUUCCUUGCAGCCCAGGGCAUGGAGAUCCUCUUCAGCACCACAGAGAACUGCUUGGAUGACAAUGACUUGGAGCCUGUCGUCUCCAUCAUAAUUCAGAUCUUGAGGCAGUGCUACCCAAAGAGUACACUUCCCUUGGUUACAGCUACCAGUGCUUAUACCUUCUCUGUCCCUGGGAGCAUCCCUUCUGAAACUCCAUGUGUUCUAACCGAAGAGGAUUUUGAAGAUGAUGCUGAUGAAGAAGUGGAUAAAGAUUCAGACUCUGAAGAUGUAAAAGAGCAGGAUGAUGACUUGGAAACAGACGUGAACAAGCUGACGUCCAAACCUGGUCUUGACCGACCCGAAGAGGAACUGAUGCAGUAUGAGGCAAUGUGUGUUGAGCUCUCCUGCAACUUUGAGGAACUUGAGUCUAAACCUGGAGAUGAUUUGCACUUUGAAGAGACUCAGGAUGCCAAGCACUCCCACAUUCCGACUGUGACCUCUCCAAAGCAGCAUUGUUUAAAUAAGGACCAAAGUUCCUGGAGGCAGGAAAGCCAAGACACGGUCCAGACUUCCCUUCUGAGCAUGGUGAAGAUGGGGAGGUCCACCAUGCAUCCAGCCUCCAAAAAAGGCCCUGGGAUGAACGCAUACCAAAACAUGCAAUCAAGUGGUCUUGGGAUAGAUUCUUCUGGCAAAGAAAUUCCUGACAUUCAAGUUUCCCUCAAACAGGAUGCUUGGGAUAUAGACAUGAUUUCCUGCCCAUCGAUAAGUGCCUCCUUUUCCAAUUCUGCUAGGCCUACAGAAACUGCUGAAGUAGUAGAUAAACUUCUGCAGACAUAUCCCAAGCACCUCCCCUUCCAUGACCCCCAUCUUUAUAUGGCCAAAUCCAGAAGAACCAGAUCUGUGGCUAACUUCAAGAUGAUGGCAUUUCCAGACUUCUGGGGUCACUGUCCACCUCCCUCUGCCCAGUCAAUGCUGGAACGCAAACGUGGAGUCCAAAGGAUCAAGAUAUUUGAGGAUGUCCAAAGGCUUAUCCAGCCAUGUGAUGUUAUAAAUAAAGUUGUCUUCAGUUUAGAUGAGCCUUGGUCUUUGCAAGACACUGCUUCCGACUGUUUGCGGUUUUCCUCCGAGUUUGAGUCAGGAAAUCUUCGCAAAGCCAUCCAAGUGCGUGAGAGGGAAUAUGACUUGCUGGUCAACACUGAUGUGAAUAGCAGCCAGCACCAGCAGUGGUUCUACUUCAAGGUGAGCGGCAUGAGAGCUGCCGUCCCUUACCGCUUCAACAUCAUCAACUGUGAGAAGCCCAACAGCCAGUUUAAUUACGGGAUGCAGCCAACUCUGUAUUCUGUGAAGGAGGCUCUUCUUGGCAGACCCACCUGGAUACGGAUGGGCUAUGAAAUCUGUUAUUACAAAAAUCAUUAUCGCCAGAGUGCAGCCAUUGCGGGGGGAGCAUCCGAGAAGUGUUUUUACACCCUCACCUUUGUGGUCACCUUUCCGCACAGUGAGGAUGCCUGCUACCUGGCCUACCACUAUCCGUACACCUACACAGCCCUCAUGACUCACCUUGACAUCCUGGAAAAAAGUGUGAACCCCAAGCAAAUCUACUUCCGCCAGGAGGUUCUCUGCCAGACGUUGGGAGGGAAUUCGUGUCCAUUGGUGACCAUCACAGCCAUGCCUGAGUCCAGUAGCUCUGACCAUCUAGAGCAGUUCCGGCAGCGUCCAUACCAGGUGAUCACCGCUCGAGUGCACCCAGGAGAGAGCAACUCUAGCUGGGUGAUGAAGGGGGCCUUGGAGUUCCUGGUCAGCAGUGACCCUGUGGCUAGGCUCCUAAGGGAAAACUUCAUUUUCAAGAUCAUCCCCAUGCUUAAUCCAGACGGUGUCAUCAAUGGCAAUCACAGAUGCUCACUGAAGGGGGAGGAUUUGAACAGACAAUGGCUCUCUCCCAGUGCUCAUCUCCAGCCAACAAUCUACCAUGCCAAAGGACUCCUGUACUACCUGAGUAGAGUUGGCCGAAGUCCCAGGGUCUUCUGUGAUUUCCAUGGCCACUCUCAAAAAAAGAAUGUGUUCCUUUAUGGCUGUAGCAUCAAGGAGACUUUGUGGCAAGCAGAGUCUACUGUGGGCACAUCAACUAUCUCAGAAGACAUCACCUACAGGACUCUUCCCAAAAUCCUUGAUAAGCUAGCCCCAGCAUUCACGAUGAGCAGCUGCAGCUUUCUUGUGGAGAAAUCACGAGCCUCCACUGCCCGGGUGGUGGUAUGGAGAGAGAUGGGGGUGUCUAGAAGCUACACCAUGGAGAGCAGCUACUGUGGUUGCAACCAGGGGCCCUAUCAGGGCCUACAGUUUGGUACCAGUGAACUGGAGGAGAUGGGAGCCAUGUUCUGCUUGGGUCUACUCAUCUUGGAACUCAAGUCUGUAAGCUGCAGCCAUCAGCUCCUAACCCAUGCAGCAACUCUCCUGCAUGCUGAUGAAGAGGCUCUGGACCACCACCUCCAGCGAUCAUGAGAAGAACCACCUGAAGAUGAUUAAUACAUUGGCCUGGAGACCCUGACUCACAGCCAUGGCAGAGAAAUGAUAGAUCUCUGAGAACUGUGAGGAUCAUUAAUGAGUCAAGAGAAGGAGAACCAUUAUUCAAAUAAGCUCUUUUGAUACCCUUUACUAUAGACAGGUAUUUUAGACUUGACCAAAACAGAGUCAGAGGACAAGCAAGGAAGAUAUAAUGGCCAUGUGAGAGAAGAGAAGACCAAGAGAAGUCAGAGGAGUCAAAGAAGAUUAAGUCAUUGCCUAUACUUUGAGCCAGGGAAUGGGUGGGGUGUUGAGCUGUUUGCGGAGGAAGUGCCUGCUGGCAAACCAGGAAGCACCUCAUUAUGCCCUUCAGGUCCAAAGGCAGAGAGAAAGCCAUUAAUACUGGGGCCAUUUUAUUUCUAGCUUAUUUUCAUUAAUUUUCCUCCUGCCACUGUUAGGCUGUAUUUCCAGUGUGACUUCUCACCAAAUGGCCAGUCAAGCCUAGAAAGAUCUAGCAGCAUAAAUUAAUUUUGCUUUGGAAGGCGCUGGUUUCUCUGAGACUUAAUUACCUAAAUGCAGUAAUUAACUUGCUCAAUCACACUGUGCUAUAGAUCAUAGACUAUGGAGACCUAAGUAAAUCUGGACCUCUUUCUUCCCUAGAGACACUGCCCUGAUUUCUUUGUUUUGACAUCAUCACUACUGCCAUCCACCGCUACUCCCUUCAAUACUGCUCUGCACCCCCAGGCUUGGCGCAUUUGGCACCACUGUGGCGUUUCAGCCUCUCCCUCUGACAGCAAGUGCUUCCAUCUGCCAGGAUAUAUAUUUCAACUUGUCUUUUCAUCUUUUCCUUUGCUAAGCUAUCUUGGGUGCAGGCAUGCCUGCAUUUUCUUUCUUUCUUUCCUUUCCCUCCACCCUCUUCUGUGCUGCUCAUUGAGGGAAGAUUGAGCAGAGUUGGCAUUGCUUGCUUUCCCUGAAUUGAUUGCGCCCGUCUGUUUGAUCCAAUGCAGGGAGGAUUAGUUGCCUGUAAACUGGAACAAGAAGAAAUCUAUCAAAGAAGUGCCUCUUCUAAUUCAAAUCUAAAGAAUUCGGUGUCGAGUUCCAAAUACAAUGGCUGCUAUGUGGGUUAUCAUAAGAAGAACGGCAUUACCCACUCCUCCAUGCUAUCCCACACUCCUGAUUAUUAAUUUUUCAGUUGCAACCAGCCCAUGAGCACUGAA